GCGGGGCGCGCGCGGCCGACGUGGCAGCCGCAGGGGCAUGCGCCGUCGGUGGCCAUCUUGGAGGCGGGGACGCGCGGAGGUGAGCUGCUCGCUGCACUUUCCUUGUCUUCUCCCCGCCGUAGUUCUACGGCCCGACCUCCCUGCGUCCCACUUUGGAGCUACCACGCAGGCUCUCUGCAGGGACCCCAGUAUACCAUCAUUGAAGAAAAAUGAUGGAAGAGAGUGGAAUAGAGACAACACCACCUGGAACUCCUCCACCAAAUCCUGCAGGACUGGCUGCUACUACUAUGUCUUCUACCCCAGUUCCGUUAGCUGCAACCAGUUCUUUCUCUUCUCCAAAUGUUUCCUCUAUGGAGUCCUUGCCACCACAGGCAUAUUCUACUCCUCAGCCACCCCCUCCUCCUGUGAGGCCUUCAGCACCAUUACCUUUUGUGCCUCCUGCACCAGUUCCUUCUGUUCCACCACUUGUUACUUCAAUACCACCUCCUGUUUCUCCGUUGACAGCUGCUGCCUUCAGUAAUCCCCCUUUAACUCACUUCCCACCUUCAACUUCUGCCCCAAGCACUCUUUUAUCCACACCCCCUUCGGGUCCUCCUACAUCAGGAUUUUCUGUUGGUUCAAGUUAUGACAUUACAAGGGGACAUGCAGGACGGGCUCCCCAGACACCGCUGAUGCCGUCAUUUUCUGCACCUUCAGGAACAGGUCUUUUACCAGCUCCUAUUACGCAGCAAACAAGUUUAACAUCUCUGGCACAGGGAACUGGAACCACAUCAGCCAUUACUUUUCCCGAGGAGCAAGAAGAUCCUAGAAUUAGUAGAGGUCAGGAUGAUGUGUCUGCUGGUGGAAUUUGGGGCUUUAUUAAGGGUGUGGCUGGGAAUCCAAUGGUGAAAUCUGUGCUUGAUAAGACAAAACAUUCAGUAGAAAGCAUGAUUACAACGCUGGACCCUGGCAUGGCUCCAUAUAUCAAGUCUGGAGGUGAAUUGGAUAUUGUAGUAACGUCAAAUAAAGAAGUAAAAGUUGCUGCUGUCCGAGAUGCCUUCCAGGAGGUCUUUGGCUUAGCUGUGGUUAUAGGGGAAGCUGGACAGUCCAAUAUUGCCCCACAACCAGUCGGUUAUGCGGCUGGAUUAAAAGGCGCCCAGGAACGGAUAGAUAGCUUGCGUCGAACUGGAGUGAUCCAUGAAAAACAGACUGCUGUGUCGGUAGAAAACUUCAUUGCAGAAUUGCUGCCUGACAAAUGGUUUGACAUUGGUUGUUUGGUGGUUGAAGACCCUGUCCAUGGCAUUCAUCUAGAAACAUUUACACAAGCCACACCAGUGCCUUUGGAAUUUGUACAACAGGCUCAAAGUCUAACUCCCCAGGACUACAAUCUGAGGUGGUCGGGCCUUUUGGUGACAGUGGGUGAAGUCCUGGAAAAGAGUUUACUAAAUGUCAGCCGGACUGAUUGGCACAUGGCUUUUACUGGCAUGUCUCGUCGACAGAUGAUCUACAGUGCAGCCAAAGCAAUAGCAGGCAUGUAUAAACAACGCCUGCCACCCAGGACCAUGUGAGAGAAGAAUUGCCUAGGAGACUGAGAAUUUCCCUCACUUUUAGCUUCAUGUUAAAGAAGAGGAUAUACCUUCUUAAUCUGAAUAACUUCGAUGAACCCAGCAGUUUUUAUACUUUUCCUGAAGGCUGCAGUUUGUCUUUUUCUAGAAAGGCAUGGUGUCAUUCCAAUAGAUGAAAAGAAACAAACUUUGUUUAUAUUCAUAUUGUUUCACAUGUCAUAGUUCUCAGAAAAGAAAAUAUACAAAUAUAUUUAUAGCAGAAUUUAAUAUACCAAAUUUAUAAGGUGGAAAUUCAUGUGAAAAGACAUUUAACUUAAUAAUACGUACUUGAUUGCUUUGUUUUUAAAAAAGACAUUGCUAAAGAACAUGUUUAUUGACCUCUUUAAAAACAUUAUUUCUUUUUGCCUGAUCUUUUCCCUGUCAGUCUUUGAAGCUUUCUUUGUGUGUACAUGCUCUCAGGUCCACUUGCAGACACCUACUAGGGAGAUGUUGCUCAUUUCUGUACAUGUUUUAGCAGUAUGGGCCAAAGGAAUGGAAUCAGCUAUUUUCGUUUUUGGUCAUCAUGUAGGCAUAUACCUGGAAAAUUACAUGUUUUUUUGUUUUUUAAAAUAAUUUUUGAAAUUUCACAGAUUUAUACUAUGAACAUUGGGGUAGUACAUUUUAUUUUUUCAUUGCUUUAUGACAAGUAGGCGGCAGAUGACUCAAGUAUAUUUUAAAUCAGAAGUAUUCGUGUUAUUUUUAUAUAAUACUAUUCAGUACUUCCAAGAAUAAAUUCUGACAGCAACUAUUGUUUCUGCUUUCACUCAUAUUCUCUGAACAAUAAUAGAGAAAUUUUUGAGAUGGGAUUACAUUUUGCUUAUGAGAUAGUAUGCCUCUUUCUUUAAUUAAAGUUACUUCUUAUUUAGUUUGCCUUAAAUACUACCUUUCUAAUUUUGUGCCAUUCUGCUUUUACUUUUUAUGGAUGUUUCAAAGAAACUAUUUUGUAUUCAAUCUGGUUUACUUAGUCCAUUGUGUUUAUAUUUACUGAGAGCUUCCCCCGUCAAAUAAUAUAUUUUAACGUUUUUGGAUUUGUAUAAAUAAUCUUUUUUUUCUUAUACUGUUAAACUCUAUAUAUACAAGUUCAAAGAACUUUUUUGAAGACAGUUUCUUACAUAAAUGUAAUUUAAUUUUUAUUUACUCUUCUAUAUAGUUCUUUUGAUGUAAAAGAAUUAGCACAAUCUGGCAGUUUUAUAUAAGGCAUUGAAGUUUUUAAUCCUGUACUCUCUUUACAUAUAAGGUUUGCUUUGUAUUAAUGUUAUUUCAAGUAAUUAUUUGGUUUCUGCUGUUUUUUUACCUGAGGAUAAGAAAAAUUGAAUAUUGAUUUUGGAACUAUUAUUAUAUGUUAAUUUCCAAGCACUGUAACUGAGUCAUUAAAAGUAAUGAAGAGAGAGAAAAGAGG